AUGAAGUCGAUCAGUGCCGUCCUCAUUGCCCUCCUGGCUACCUCCGUCUCUGCGGGCCCUAUCAUCCCCGCUGUGACCAUCGCCCUGGCCAACGACCAGACUGGUGCACAGGGCAGCGCCGCCGUCCCUGCCGACGGCAGUGUGCAGAGCAUCUCGGCUCUGUACGGAAACACCGGAGUCGGCUCUGGUGGUGUGGUCAAGGCCUCGUCGGCGCAAUUGACCAACUUCCAGGCGAACACCAACUGCGUGAUCACGAACUACGGAUCGGUUCUGGCUACCCUGAACUCCCGGAACACCUAUGUGGACCUGGAUGGAAACCCGAGUGCGGCGCAGCCAGUGGACCUGAGUGCUGCCACUGUCAAGUGCACUGUCUAA